AUGCACCCGGGCAACCCGGAGCCGGUGGGACCCUCCUCGCUCGCCAUCCCGUCUCAGAAGAUGACUUCUGGAGGAGCGGAGCCCAUCAGGGCCGUGUCUGGAGGGGCGUCCACCCCUACUGCCCAGUCCAGGAUGGAGAACUUCAGGAAGGUCAAGACGUCGGAGGAGGAGAGCCCCUUGCCCUUUUCGGGCUUGCCCUCCGACGUGGUUGAGAUGAAGGUGAAGGAGGGCAGCAAAAUCCGGAACUUGAUGGGCUUCGCCAUGGGCAGGAUGGCGCUGGAGGGCACCAGGCAGAUUGUCUUCAGCGGCUGUGGCCGGGCGGUCACCAAAACCAUCACCUGCGUGGAGAUCAUGAAGAGGAAGCUGGGGGGUCUCCACCAGGUCACCAAGGUGCAGUAUCGGACUCUCCUGGAGGUCUGGGAGAACAAGGACCCCCAGCCAGAGGGCCAAGCGCAACACCUCACUGUCCACAAGAACGUGCCCUCCAUCUGCAUCUUGCUCUCCAAGGAUCCUCUGGAUCCCAACCAGAUGGGUUACCAGCCCCCUGACCUCCCAGGUGGCCUGUGGGCGGAUGAGGGGGCCAGCCAAGAGGACAGAUCCAGCGCCUCUCCAAGGGGGACGAAGAGAAGGCUGGCCCUGCCCCAUGCCGAGGAUCAGCUGAACAAGAAAGCUCAGGUACAGGACACCCAGGAGGAACUGGGGACCGUGGUGGGCUAUGGACACUGACGGCUUACCUUGCACAACAGUGAGAAAAUCCAAGCCAUAUGUCACAUUAUACAGGGACAACCAUGAUAUGUAGAAGUGCACAGAGAGACUGGGCGCACUCUAGAUUUGUAGAUGUUUUGUGAUCAAUAAAAGGGGCGAUGGA